UUAAAAUAAAUCUUCAGCAAUAAUGUGGUAACCUCUGUAGAUAAUCUUUGCCAGCAUUUAAUAAUUUGUCUAUCAGGAGAGUCUGCCUUCUCUCUAACCAGCACAUGCUUAAUGCUAUAUAUGUGUUUGUUUCCUCUUGCCCCAUUCUCAAUUUUUGAGUAAAAAAUAUCUGUGUAUUAUUGUAUUUAUAAGACCUUAGUUCUUCAUAAACUUAAUAAUAGUAGCUAACACAUAUGUACUGCUUUUGUGCCAGACACAUUUGUAAGCACUGCAAAUUAUAACUUGUUUACUCCUCAAUGGCAGUCUUAUGAGGUGUAGGUACUAUUACUAUUCUCAUUUUACAGGUGAUGAAAUAGAGGGUCCUUGAGAUUAAAUCACUUGCCCAAGGUUAUACUCAGACAUUUCUACAACUACUUGUUUCGUAGUUAAUUAUCUUAUAUUACAAAUAAUACUGUGUUUUCUUAAAUAGUAACCCAGUGAUACAUUUAAUCUUUAUUUUAGUUCAAAAGCUAGAAUUCUACCAAGUGGUGGGAUGGGAUUCCAAGCUUUGCAUUUUGCCAGCAGAGUCUGUACUCUGGUUUUGCCUCUGGCUCGCCAGUUGUGAAGUCAUCCCUCACCAUGCUUUUCUUCAGAUUCAAUGCUUAACAAGUUUUGUUCGCCAAUCUUUAAAUUAUCCUGUAGUCCUGUUACUAACUUUUAAAAUUCCUUUCUAGACGGGGAACCUGGGGUAAACACCAUAACGGUUAUGUAUAAUGCAAAGAUUAUGUCAAGGUUCUGGCAUUCCAAAAUUGUAUUUAAAAACAACCCCAAACCCAUAAAAAAAGCCUUAUUGCAUUGCAGGUUACCCAUCCACCUUCUCAGCUAGAAAAAUGCCCUGGACUUGUUACAUACUAUGACACAUUUACAGUUGAAAGAUUAUUGCUGUUCAAAGAAAAAUGGGUUUUUCCUGAUUUCAGAUUUCAGUGUAAAUAUCCAUAAGCAAAAUUAGUUUAUACCCUCACUAACUUUUUACUAUUUUCUCUUUAUGUGUGCCUAUCUAAGUGAUAUCUCAAUUCCCCCUAUACAUUUCUUUUAACUUUUUUUUUUUUUUUGGGACAGAACUUGCUCUGUCGCCCAGGUAAGUGCAGUGGUGCCAUGUCAGCUUAUUGCAGCAUGGACCUCCCUGGGACUACAGAUGUAUGCCAUUACAGUUGUCUAAUUUUUGUAUUUUUUUGUAGAGAAAAGGUUUCAGCAUGUUGCCCAGGCUUGUCUUGAGCUCCUGGGCUCAAGCUAUCUGCCCGCCUUAACCUCCCAAAGUGCUAGUAUUACAGGUGUGAGCCACUGUGCCUGGCCCCUAUACCUUAAUUGGUUAAGUAAAUUGAUCCACUUUUUUUUUUUUUGAGACAGAGUCUUGUUCUGUAGCCCAGGCUGGAGUGCAAUGGUGUGAGCUCAGCUCACUACAACCUCCACCUCCCAGGUUCAAGUGAUUCUCCUGCCUCAGCCUCUGGAGUAGCUGGGAUUACAGGUGCCUGCCACCAUACCCAGCUAAUUUUUGUAUUUUUAGUAGAGAUGAGGUUUCACCAUGCUGGCCAGGCUGGUCUUAAACCUCUGACCUCAGGUAACCCACCUGCCUCGGCUUCCCAAAAUGCUGGUGUUACAGGUGUGAGACACCACACCCAGCCCUAGCCAAGUUUCUAUAUUUUUAAUACAGACAGGGUUUCACCAUGGUCUCAAACUUCUGACCUCAAGUUAUCUGCCCGCCUUGGCCUCCCACAGUGCUAGGAUCACAGGCGUCAGCCACUGCGCACAGCUGAUCCACUCGUAUUAAAAAAGAAGUAACAAUUACUGGGUGUUUACUAGGUGUCCAGCAUUAACAGUAUGUGGAUUGUUUGAAAUUUGAAACCGUCCUAUGAGAGAACUUCUGUUGUUCAUACUCUAUUUUUUGGUGACUAUUGAUUUUAUUACAAUUUUUUAAACGUGGGAAAGUUGCAAAGAUGAUACAAGAAACUGCUGUAUACCCUUACUCAGCUUCACCAUUUCUUUUUUCAUUUUGCCCAUCUGCUUUAUCAUUUUCUCUUGAGUAUUUUUAAACAAAUCAAGUUGAAGAAAAAGCAUAUGAAGACCUUAAUUUUAAAGAAGAAAAGGGGAGAAUGUUUUGAGUAUUUCAGAAAGUUUAGUUUGUGUUUGAUCUUAGUCAAGCACUUGAAGCAAAGGAAUUUCAAGAUUGGAUUUAGAGUGGCUUUUGUGUUUUUAUAGUCUUGUCUCCAGUACAUUCCGAGAUUUUUUAACUUGUGAACGAUGGGUUUGUAGGUCUCUCCCAUUAGCAGAAACUGUGUCAUAGCAUACCCCUCUGUUAGGAACCUCUCUAGUGCAUGGAGUGGUGUGCUCACACAUGGAAGUGUCCUUGGGACAUGCUAGCUAUUGAGAUAUGGGUGAUUAUUGUGUGAGAAACAGGAGCCAUGGGGCCUUUCAACACCACGACCAAAUAUUUAGGUGAAAUAUAUAUUUUAAAGACUCUUAGGUAGCUUUGAGGAGCUGGAAAAGAUCAACAUGCAAAAUAUAUUGCUUUAAGAAUAUUCAUUGGCUGGGCGCGGUUGGCUCAUGCCUAUACUCCUAGCACUUUGGGAGGCUGAGGCAGGUGGAUUCCUUGAGUCCAGGAGUUUGAGACCGCCUGGCCAACAUGGUAAAACCCUGUCUCCACUAAAAAUACAAAAAUUAGCUGGAUGUGGAGGCACGCACAUGUAAUCCCAAUUACUAAGGAGACUGAGGCAGGAGAAUCGCUUGAACCUGCAAGAUGGAGGUUGCCGUGAGCCAAGAUCAAGCCACUGCACUCCAGCCUGGGUAACAGAGCGAGACUCAGUCUAAAAAAAAAGAACAUUGGUUGGGAUUAAUACAAAUAGGUUUGCCAUUGUCAUAUGGUAAAGGGAUGAAUGGAAGUAUCUUAAUAUUUUAUUAUCUUACCCCCAAAUAAAUCUAAAUUUGGGGAGUCUUAGUUGUUGUCACAUUAGGAAAUUUAACUCACUCCCUCCCCAUCAUUUAAUCUUCAUUAAAAUGAUGGCCUAGCCAUUUGAUAAACUUGUGACCUGAAGGAAGUCCUCUUGGUUUAAGUGAAAGGAAUAUUAACUGUAUUCUGCCAAAUGUAAAAUAUGACACUUGUGGGCUUCUUUUCCUUUUCUUCCCCUCUUUAAGCAAUUAUCAAAGCUAUGAAAUAUAGCUCCUUGUUAAAGCUGAUUGUAGGCCAGGCACGGUAGCUCACACCUGUUAUCCCAGCACUUUGGGAGGCCAAGACAGGUGGAUCACUUGAGGCCAGGAGUUUGAGACCAGCCUAGCCAACAUGGGGAAACGCUGUCUCUACUAAAAAUAUGAAAAUUAGCUGGGUGUGGUGGUGCAUGCCUGUAAUCCUAGCUACUCGGUGGCUGACGAACACGAUUUGCUUGAACCUGGGAGGCAGAGGUUGCAGCGAGCCGAGAUCGAGCCACCAUAUUCCAGCCUGGACAACAGAACAAGACCCCGUCUCAAAAAAAAAAAAAAGCGAAUUGUAUUAAUUAAAAUCACCCCCCUUUUCGUAAGGAUGAAAAAAUUACAAAUUGGAAAGCAUUCUUUCUAGUCAUGUGUUAUUGUUUCAGAGACAUGGGCUGUUUGUUUAAAGACUAUAUAAUACUAUCCGUUUUCCAUUCACAUGUUAAUAGAAGUCUGGAAAGUAAGGCAUUCUCCUGAAAUUUUCAGGGUUUUUUAUUAUAUGCCAAGUUGUAAAUAGCAUUCUGUGACAGGUAUUUUCUCUCUUUGUCUUUUAUUGAGCUAAUUAGUAAUUUACACUCUAGUAGCAUCUCUUCCAGCUUUACUUUGUGAAAAUGUCUGCUACUCUGUGCAUUCUAUGCAGCCAGGGCUGGCAAAUGAUUGGGGGCAGAUGUUGGUUAGCACAUCAGUAGGAUCAGAGAUAAAAUUCAUUUUCAGUUUGUGUUUUUGAAGACAUGUUUUAAAGGCUUUUGUCUAUGUCUUUCCCCUACUUGGUUAUCCCCUCCCCUCAUUCAAAUAGGAAUGUUAUGAACUCUGUAACCCAGAGCUACUGUUCUUGAUUGAGUUUUAGACUGUUUUCUAUCCUUUUCCCCACCCCCACCCAAACGUUGUGUGGGAUUUGGGGAGGAUUAGCACGGCAGUCUGGCAUACUUUAGAGCCCAGGAAGCUGGUCUUUACUGCUCCCUCCCAUCAUCAGAAUACAGAGCUUUCAGUCAUUGUCUUUAGAACCCAGCAGUGCUUCUCUUGCUGGGCAAGCUGUGUGAAAGAUGGGAGGGCAGCACUGUUGGUAGUGAGUUAGGAGGAUACUUUUGUAUGAUGCUCUUAUCUAUCCAAAGGAAGGAUAGGCUCUACUGUUGUGUCAGUUUUUUCAAAAUGCAGCAGAGAAUGACCAAAAGAUAAUUUAUAGCUUGGCUUUAGCAUUUUGUCCCAUUGGUGUCCUGCUCUUUACUGCCUCCUGCUCUCUCUUUCAGUCUCUGAAAUGGGAAAGAUGUGUAGGAUAUGUCAUGCGCUCACUUGGAUGGGCCAUGUUGGUGCAUUAAAAUAGCAAGACCUUUGACUUUGAAAUAAAGUCUUUAAGGAUCAGUUUGUUUUGUAGAUAUAAAUUGUAGUUGACAAUGAAAGGAAGAGUAGAUAGGGGUUUACUACUGGUUUAUCAGUUUUUUUUGAGACAGAGUCUCACUCUGUAGCCCAGGCUGCAGUGCAGUGGUGCGAUAUCUCGACUCACUACACCCUCCACCUCCCAGGUUCAAGUGAUUCUCCUGUCUCAGCCCCCAGAGUCGGCAGGAGUACAGGUAUACUCCACCACGCCCAGCUGAUUUUUUGUAUUUUUAGUAGAGAUGGGGUUUCAUCAUGUUGGCCAGGCUGCUUUCAAACUCCUGACCUCAGGUGAUCCACCUGCCUCAGCGUCCCAAAGUGCUGGGAUUACAGGCAUCAGCCACUGUGCCCAGCCUUGAUUUAUCAGCUUUCAGCCCAAACCUUUCUAGAAUGCCAGGUAAUUUAUGGUACUUAUUUUUGCAGUUAUGGAUACUAACUUAUCAGGACAAUAAAGUCAAAGUCCCUAUUAGAGCUAAUUAGAUUCUUCUUGACAAAAAUUGUUACCUGGAGGUAGCCACAAAGAAAAUCAGGUGAUAGAGGAAACCUAACCAGUGACUGUGGAAUAAUAUGGAAGAAGAUGGAAAAAACUUGUUUAAUGGGUUGAGAGAGUGGCGACUUCUGUAAGACAUGGAUAGAUGCAAACAUGUAGGGCGGUUACGGCUCGCCCAGGACCACUCCAUCCUGAACCCUCAGAAGUGGUGCUGCUUAGAGUGUGCCACCACCGAGUCCGUGUGGGCCUGCCUCAAGUGCUCGCACGUGGCCUGUGGCCGCUACAUUGAGGACCACGCCCUAAAACACUUUGAGGAGACUGGACACCCGCUAGCCAUGGAAGUCUGGGAUCUCUAUGUGUUCUGUUACCUGUGCAAGGACUACGUGCUCAAUGAUAACCCGGAGGGGGACCUGAAGCUGCUGAGAAGCUCCCUCCUGGCGGUCCGGGGCCAGAAGCAGGACCUGCCGGUGAGACGCGGGCGGACGCUGCGGUCCACGGCUUCGGGCGAGGACGUGGUCCCGCCGCAGCGCGCUCCUCAGGGACAGCCGCAGAUGCUCACGGCUCUGUGGUACCGGCGCCAGCGCCUGCUGGCCAAGACGCUACGGCUGUGGUUCGAGAAGAGCUCCCGGGGCCAGGCGAAGCUGGAGCAGCGGCGGCAGGAGGAGGCGCUGGAGCGCAAGAAGGAGGAGGCACGGCGACGGCGGCGCGAGGUGAAGCGGCGGCUGCUGGAGGAGCUGGCCAGCGCCCCUCCGCGCAAGAGUGCACGGCUGCUCCUACAUGCGCCCCGCAACGCGGGCCCGGCCGCCACGCGCCCCACUGCCCUUCCUACCUCACGCAGAGCGCCCGCCGCUGCGCUCAAGCUGCGUCGCCAGCCUGCUGUGGCCCCGGGCGUCACGGGCCUGCGCAACCUGGGCAACACCUGCUACAUGAACUCCAUCCUCCAGGUGCUCAGCCACCUCCAGAAGUUCCGAGAAUGUUUCCUCAACCUUGACCCUUCCAAAACGGAACAUCUGUUUCCCAAAGCCACCAACGGGAAGACUCAGCUUUCUGGCAAGACAACCAGCAGCUCGGCCACGGAACUGUCCUUGAGGAGUGACAGGGCCGAGGUGUGCGAGCGGGAGGGCUUCUGCUGGAACAGCGGGGCCUCCAUCAGUCGGAGCCUGGAGCUCAUCCAGAACAAGGAGCCGAGCUCAAAGCACAUUUCCCUCUGCCGUGAACUGCACACCCUCUUCCGAGUCAUGUGGUCCGGGAAGUGGGCCUUAGUGUCGCCCUUCGCCAUGCUUCACUCAGUAUGGAGCCUGAUCCCUGCCUUCCGCGGCUAUGACCAACAGGACGCUCAGGAGUUUCUCUGCGAGCUGCUCCACAAAGUGCAGCAGGAGCUCGAAUCUGAGGGCACCACGCGCCGGAUCCUCAUCCCCUUCUCCCAGAGGAAGCUCACCAAACAGGUCUUAAAGGUGGUGAAUACCAUAUUUCAUGGGCAGCUGCUCAGUCAGGUCACAUGUGUAUCAUGCAAUUACAAAUCCAAUACCAUUGAGCCCUUUUGGGACCUGUCCCUGGAAUUCCCUGAACGCUAUCACUGCAUAGAAAAGGGGUUUGUCCCUUUAAAUCAGACAGAGUGCUUGCUCACUGAGAUGCUGGCCAAGUUCACAGAGACAGAGGCCCUGGAAGGGAGAAUCUACGCUUGUGACCAGUGUAACAGCAAACGACGAAAAUCCAAUCCCAAACCCCUUGUUCUGAGUGAAGCUAGAAAGCAGUUAAUGAUCUACAGACUACCUCAGGUCCUCCGGCUGCACCUUAAAAGAUUCAGGUGGUCUGGCCGUAAUCAUCGAGAGAAGAUUGGGGUCCAUGUCGUCUUUGACCAGGUAUUAACCAUGGAACCUUACUGCUGCAGGGACAUGCUCUCCUCUCUUGACAAAGAGACCUUUGCCUAUGAUCUCUCCGCAGUGGUCAUGCAUCACGGGAAAGGGUUUGGCUCAGGACACUACACAGCCUAUUGCUACAACACAGAGGGAGGUUUUUGGGUCCACUGCAAUGACUCAAAGCUGAAUGUAUGCAGUGUCGAGGAAGUAUGCAAAACCCAGGCCUACAUCCUUUUUUACACUCAAAGAACAGUGCAGGGCAAUGCAAGAAUCUCAGAAACCCAUCUCCAAUCUCAGGUGCAGUCCAGCAACAACGAUGAAGGCAGACCACAAACAUUUUCCUGAAAUGGGAGGCAUGUAUCAAAGACUGGCUUGCUUUUAAACUAUUGGUGUCCAUACAUCUUUCCUCUUAUAGGAAAUAAGGCUACUGCAGGAACAGAUUACUAGGUUUGCCUCACUGGGUCUAGAGUAGAAGGUGCCAGGUGAUUCAUGUCCUAUCAUAAAUUUUGUAGUCUCUUUCUUUUCAAUGAAUUUGGGAAUUCCCUCCUUUCAUAAAAUAAAUCAAAAGAAGUAACUUCUAUAAAGAUCAUUUCAUCAGUUGCUUCUGAAUAUAGAGGGAUCUGGGUGGAGAAGAGGGGGAGUAAAUCAAUCAUAUCCACGCAGGAGAGCAGCCAUGUUUUCUCUCCAUUAUGUGAUUCCCCUGCUAAUCAGGACCUCCUUGCAACACCAGAAGAACCCUCUGGAUGUGAGCAGCCCUGGACAGAGUACGUGAGGAGGGGCCCUGGGCUAGCAGCUUGCUGGACGGGAUUGGCUCCAAGAUGGGAGAUGAAGUCUCAAGGGUUUAUUCCCACAAGGGAAGUAACCCUCAAGGGUUUAAAACAAACUUCCUUUUCAGGGGAUAGCAGCUGAAGAGUGGAGUGAGAUGCAUGGAACAAAUUUCUCCAUGCAAAAUUGGGUGGUUUUCAUAUGUCAUACCCUCCCUGCCUGCUGCUGUCAUUUAAUCAUUCUAUACUUCUGAGACUGGUGUGAAUAUCCCUUCAUUCUAAAGAAGGGGCAGUUUAUAUAAAGAAGCAAUAGACUAGCACAUGUUGCAUGCUGAGCCAAAGGGCACUCCUGGCUAUCCCAGUUCUAUAGCAGAUCCCUGGUUCAGGUCUAAGGCAAGCACAUAAUUUGGCUUAAAUUGGUUCUUAGGUUUUCUCAGAACUCAGUUGAGGGUGGGCAGAGAUAGCCGGUGCUCCAGGGCUUAUUGAAUGCCUGUCACCUGUUCUCACUUCAGUGCAGCUUGUGGCUUCUUAGCCUGCGGUGUCUUUCAUGUUCCUGGAGAGCUAGAACAUUCAUGUCCACAGGGUUUGGGAGCUUUUGGUUUUCUAGGGUAUGGUAACUGCUUAGGAAUCCACCCCCUACAUAUCUGAAGUGUUUAUUGUUGAUGGCCUUGGCCUGUUUCCUCCCAAAUCUUGAUAGUCCCUACUGUUGCUUUACCCCCUAUACUCAGUCCAUCAGAGAAAAAAGCAAAAGUGCCCUGUCCUUUCCCCCAGUGCUAGUAAAAUACACCUUCCUUUUUAAAUUGGGUCAGUUUCUAAACAGAAUGAAAUUGCCCAGAUGAAAACCCUUGUCCCCAUCAGGCACCACUUCAUUCUUAGUUCUUCACUUAGAUUUGCCGAACUUUUGUUGCUGUGGUUGCUGCAGUGAGCCUCACUCAAACUGUCACUAUGAAUGCUCAUCUUUUGACUGAGUAUAUCUAUUCAUGUUUGAAUUCAGGUAGGAGUACAGUUGUCACAUGAAGGGAGUAGAUGUGGAAGGGAGUUUGGGGAGGGGUGGGAAGUGGGGAAAGCAAGGCUAAAGAAUGAGGGUUAUAGCUUUAGCAAUGUUGAUGAGCCACAUUUCCUGCACAGAUCUGUAGCAUUUGCUGUUGACCUCUUUUGAGAUGAACUCUCCCAUAGGCCCUGCCAGGCAGCACUGAGACAUGGAGGAAAUUCAGACAAAAAAUGGCUCACCCUGAUAGGGAAGGAGUGGCCAUAUUUUAAAUUAAACUUGCUUUUUCCAACACUGUGAGGUUUCUGUAAUAUUUAGCUUUUAUUUGGAAGCGAUAGCGUAUGGCAUUUUUUUAUGCUAUUUGGUUUAUAUUGUCUACUGCAGGCUUCUUUGUAUAAGCUUUGCCUGGGCUCACCCUCUCCUGGACACUGUUUUAAAGUGUCAACACUGUCCAUGCUGCCAGAGGCUCUGAUGUGAAGCUGUACUCUCAAGAUCCACAUUUUUAAGUCGGUAUGAUUAGUAAUGAUUUUUUGUGGCAACAGAAAAGCCCAUUAACUCAAAAAAUACCAAGGAGAGUAAAAAGGAAAGGAAACUAUGAAUCGUGCCUCAUCUUUCAUUGAAUCCUAUAUUUAUUAUUCUAGAAAAAGAGAACUUACAAGAUAGAGAAGAACUAAUAGAGCAUCUACUUUACCCCUCAGGCUGUCCAGAGGGGAUAAUUAUUAAUAAACAUUUAAUGGAAAAUUCAAAGACCUUCCAAUUUAAUUUUUUAAAAGUUUUAUACCAAAUAUUAUAAGGAUUUAUUAAGCAGAUUAAGGACUUUGUGAAAUAAGUGCUUAACUUAGCUGAGCACAUAUAUAUCAAAGUAAUAAAAGAAACUGACAUCAGAGUCUCCACUGAGCUACACAUUUGCGAAAGGUGCCCACUGCAGUUACAGACACCUCAGGUACCCAGAGGCAGCAGCACUAGACACUUAAGAAGUUAAUAUUAAGGAGAUUUCUAUUAAAGAAGAAUUCCCUGCUGCAUAAGCCAAUGGCUAUUGUGAGGGAAAUGUCCCUUUGCCUUUAAUUUAUUUACAUAUUGGGUAUAGAUAAAUGUCUCAGUUGCAUCUUAAAUUGAAUCAUUCUAAAGAGAAGAAAAGAAGAACCAGGUAAAAGCUGACUAGAUGCUGCCAAAUCAAACCCAAGGUCUCCUAACCGAACCUUAAUUGGGCCCACUUCUCUCCCAGGGCAAGUAGUUAAGAGUCUUGUUCCAGGAAACCCUUUGUAGUUAGUUGGCUGGCAUGUUUACGUGCUGCUGUAGCCAGCCAAGAUGAGUGUUCCUAGGCCCUCAAAAAAGGAUUUUUUUUUUACCUCAAUCUAGCCUGACCCUCAUAUUUGUGGUUGCCUCUAAGACGAACAUCCAUGCUAGUGUAAAAAUAAUUAGGAAUGGCCUUGGUAGCCAGGAACUGAAGCUCUUAUUAAAUGAUGGACAGAGCUCUUGCCAGCUUUGAUCCAGCCCCUCAGUCUUGGAGUUAUGGGGUAGGGUUGGGGGGCAGUGCUACACUGUAAAGAAUUUCCAAAUGUUUCUUAAAAUGUCAUGAAUAAAAUUGGAAACUGUAGAAGUGUUAAUGUGUCCUAUGGACUCAAUAGCAGAGUUUAUUUUUGUUUUUAAUGGCAAGGCUUCUAGAAUCAAUGAUUGUAUGAGUUUGCUACUCUGGCUAUGCUUACAGCUCCAUCCAAGUACAAGGGAAGAACCAAUGAGGUAGACUGGCUAGCAGUGGCGCAUGCCCCAGCGUAAGCCCCAGAGAUGUUGACAGUAGUGCAGAAUGAACACUUGGUUGGGGAUGGCGGGUGGGGGUGGGAGUUGGGUGGGUGGGCUGGGAGGGAUAAAUGGAGUUUGUUUUACUUACUGAUAAAGCUUUGUGAACUAAUUUUAUACAGUUCAUAAAAUUUGGUGCCUUGUACUCGAUUAUGGUUUGCAUGGAAUUGAAGAUUAAGGGAAAGGAUUUCUUCUUAUCAUUUCAAGUGGCAAAUGGGUCUGUGUAGUGUUUAAAGGACAUCUGGUAUCACAGACUUUUAAAAAGCAUUUCAUAUCUCUUGUGAAUGCAAAUUAUUCUUACCAGGAAGUUCUGCAAUUUUGUUGUAAUGUCCAAAUUAUUUGUAUUUGUGACUGUUCAUCAAAUGGCUGCUUUUCAAAGCAGACUGUGUACCCCAUUGUUUUUCACUCCCUUUAUCAUAUUCCAUAUGUUAACUUGGGCCUUUUCAAAUCAGGCUGGGGGCCUACUCAGAUAGGGAUAUAGUAUACAUUUUUUCUUUUAAAAAGAGAAAAAAUAAAUGAAAUCUUACUCAAACCAUCAUUAUGGUUUUAAAACCCAACCAGCAGUAAACACUUACUUGAAGCCAAAACAGUAAAUUUUGAAUGAAAUUUUAAUUAUGCUUUUGGAAGCUGCCGUAAUUCCUGCUGGAUUUUAUUUUCAAUUUCGGAAAUUUUUAUCAAAUAAAACUGUUCAGUUAUUAGAUUAGGUAGCAGACUUUAAGGAUCUACGUUUCAUUCCUAUAAAAAACAGGACGUACUGGUAUUUCUUGUCUUAACAAGUAGUCUGAUGCUGGUCUAAAUGGGUUUAGCAUCUAUACUAUGGCUUAAAAGAUUCCUCCUUCGUCACCAUUUGGGAGGUGAUGGCUUCAAAGCUAAGCUUUGCUUUCAUGUGACCUUUCUUCAUCUUAAUACCCAGUAAGAUAUAAAUCUCUGAGUCUACCCAGUGUAGACUCAACUGGUCUUGGCUUCAUCUAUCAGGUAAGAUUUAGCUGAUUUAUAGAAGAAAAUGGUGCUUUUAAAAUAUACAUACUUUACAAAUCAAAUUCUCAAGUAAUUUUCUUAAUAUUUAUGCUGGCAAGGUCAAGAAAGACUAUUUUGUCCUGUUUAUAUUAGUAGUGAACAAACUGCUAGAGACAUCUGUCAAUCUUAACAGGCCACUGUGGUCCCUAUAUACUGCCUCCUUUCCAAUUAAUGUCCUUUAAUCCCAUACUAGUUCCAUAGGAGACUUGGCACAUGAAAGCGCUGUUUUUCUUAAUGCCUGGUAAACUGACCAGAAAAAAAUAUUGCCAUGGAGGACCUGUUUCUAUCCACCUCUUUCUGUGGCUACACAAGUUUAUACAUGCCAGUUCCAUACAUAUUCCAUUUCCAAAGAGCCCCCAAACCCUGGACAGUAGCACUACCAUGAAUUUUAGGGUCACAAAACAUUUAUUUCCUUCUAAAGGAAGCAGCUUCCUCAGCAGUGUCACUUUAGUGCCCACUGCCCAGGCUUACUUCACUGUGCUCCCCCCAACACACAUCACUGCCCUCUUUCUGCCACCAAACCUCACUUUUCCACCAACAAUGCCUCCCUGGUGCCUGGAAAACCCACCUGGUGCACUAAAAUGCUAUGCAACACCAAAUGGCUUCUUCCCCUAAUACUGCUCAACAAUAUAAAUUCUUCAAGAAUAAAUUUCAUGCUAUGUUAACAUCAACGUAUGGUUACAGUUUCCUUUUUUUUCCUUUUAAAAUGAAGCAAACCACCUCCAUUAAAAUCCAUGUUUGGGGCUUGUUUUUGUCUCUCAAGUGUGAAAUAUAAAUCAUGUUUUUAUGAUUUUUGUAAAUCUUGACUUUUUACACCUUGUUUUUGUAAGCAAAAGUUUCUUAUUAAAAUAAUAAAAUGAC